AUGCUUCGUUUGGAGUUGGUUGGCUUCGUGCUUUUAGCUUGCACGCAAAUUCUGACGGAACAUCGUGAUUCACGUGAAACGCGUCCUCCUUUCAUCAAUUAUCCGAGGUAUCAUCAAGAAAACGUGGAACCCGUGACGAAAGAUGUUAAAAUCAAACAAGGUCGAUUACGUGGCAUCGUGAUCAAACCUAGAACCAAUCACAAUCUCCAAUUGGUCGACGUUUUUCUCGGAGUCCCAUAUGCCGAGCCUCCAGUUGGUUCGCUCAGGUUCACACCACCGAGAUCACCGCAACCCUGGAGAGGAACACGACAGUCACUGGAAUUCGCUCCCGUUUGCCCGCAAGUACUACCGAAUCUUACUGACGAGGUAAAACCAGCACGCUAUGAGUAUCUCGAGAGGCACUUGCAGUAUCUCAAGAACCAGAACGAGGAUUGUCUCUAUCUUAACAUCUAUGCUCCCCAUCAACCAGAGGUGGAUUAA